AUGCUUCAUAAGGAGCAAGACCGAGUCAAUGAAUCCUCCCUGUCUGGCUUUCUUCUCCUGGAACUCUCAGAUGUUCGGGAACUACAGAUUCUGCAUUUCAUUGGAUUCCUUGUUUUCUAUCUGGCUGCAGUUGCAGGGAACCUUCUCAUCAUCUCUGCAGUAGUCUCUGACCCUCACCUGCACACCCCCAUGUAUUUCUUUCUUAUGAACUUGGCCAUACAAGAUGUGGGACAAGUGUCCGUUGUUUUUCCCAAAGCCAUGGCCAAUUCCCUCAUGAGCCUCAGGCACAUUUCUUAUCCUGGGUGUGUUGCCCAAGUCCUCUUCUUUCUCUUCUUUGUAGCUUCAGAUUUCUUUAUUCUCACAGUCAUGGCAUAUGAUCGGUAUGUUGCCAUUUGCAAUCCAUUACAAUAUGAGAUGUUGAUGAAUAAGCAAUGUUGCAUCCAAAUGGUUUCCACUACAUGGGUCAUCAGUUUUUUCUAUGGGGUGUUACACACUGGAGGCACCUUUGCAUCGCCCUUUUGCUCCAAUGUCGUUGAUCAGUUUUUCUGUGAAAUCCCAGCCUUGCUGAAGCUUGCCUGCUCUGACUUCCAUUUAGUUGAAAUAGGGGCUCUUUUUGCAAGUGGUAGCAUUGGGUUAGGUUGUUUUAUUUUCAUAGUUGUGACCUAUGUGCACAUCUUCACUGCAGUGCUGAGGAUCCCCUCAGUGCAGGGACGCCAAAAGGCUUUCUCAACCUGCUUUCCACACCUCGCUGUUUUCUGUACAUUCUUAGUUACUGUAUAUUUUACUUAUCUGAAGCCCACCUCCAAUUCUCAUUCACAUCUUAAUUUGGCAUUUACAAUGAUGUAUUCCAUGGUCCCUCCAUUGAUGAAUCCAAUAAUCUACAGUAUGAGAAACAAGGAGAUGAAACAUGCUCUGUCAAUGCUGUUGGGCUUGAGAUACUCUGCUGGCCUUGAGACACUGUUUUAG